AUAAAAAACACACAGAAAAGCUAAACAAUCUUUGCUUUCAAGUCCCUCACUAAUUGAUUAUAACUUAUAAGUCAUAAGUACUUGCAUUUUCUUCUACUCUAUUGUAGUGCUAUAUCAAUCCUUAUCCAUAAUUUCUGCUAUAUUAUAGUACUUCUUUGAUCAACUCUCUGUACUAUCUACUUUGAUAAUAUUAUAUAAUAAUAUUAUAAACUAUGCUCUCAACUCCAUUUUUUGUCUUUUGUCUACUUCUGACGACGGCGUUGAUUGGCGUCGCCGGCGAGUACUUCAAGCCGUUCAAUGUGAGUUAUGAUCACCGAGCUAUCGUUAUUGACGGACAUCGCCGGAUGCUCAUUUCUGCCGGAAUUCAUUAUCCUAGAGCCACUCCUCAGAUGUGGCCUAGUCUGAUUGCGAAGAGCAAAGAAGGUGGCGCAGAUGUUAUCCAAACAUAUGUUUUUUGGAGUGGGCAUGAACCAGUUAAAGGAAAGUAUUACUUUGAAGGGAGAUAUAAUCUUGUCAAGUUUGUGAAGCUAGUGGGAUCAAAUGGGCUCUAUCUUCAUCUACGGAUAGGUCCUUAUGUUUGUGCGGAGUGGAACUUUGGGGGCUUUCCAGUUUGGCUUCGUGAUGUACCUGGUAUUGAAUUUCGUACUAACAAUGAACCAUUCAAGAGGGAGAUGCAGCGAUUCGUGAAAAAGAUAGUUGAACUUAUGCGAGAGGAAAAUCUCUUUAGUUGGCAAGGUGGUCCAAUCAUUAUGUUGCAGAUUGAGAAUGAGUAUGGGAAUAUUGAAGGUGCUUAUGGACAGAAGGGGAAAGACUAUGUAAAAUGGGCUGCCAACAUGGCUGUGGGACUUGGUGCAGGUGUUCCAUGGGUUAUGUGCCAACAAGUAGAUGCUCCAGAAUUUAUACUAGAUGCCUGUAAUGGAUACUAUUGCGACAGUUUUAGACCAAAUUCAAAAAAGAAACCAAUGCUUUGGACGGAGAAUUGGGAUGGAUGGUUUGCAAGUUGGGGUGGUGCAAUUCCCCAUAGACCAGUCGAAGACCUUGCAUUUGCAGUUGCUCGCUUUUUCCAACGUGGGGGAAGCUUUCAGAAUUAUUAUAUGUAUUUUGGUGGUACGAACUUCGGCAGGACUUCCGGAGGUCCAAAUUAUAUCACUAGUUAUGACUAUGAUGCCCCACUUGAUGAAUAUGGACUGCUGAGCCAACCAAAAUGGGGACACUUGAAGGACCUUCAUGCGGCUAUAAAGCUUUGUGAACCUGCGCUUGUUGCUGCUGAUUCACCUCAGUACAUGAAAUUAGGUCCACAGCAGGAGGUGCAUGUUUAUCGUGGAAAUAUCACCCAAGGGCUAACUACAGCUUUCUCCACAAGUAAGAGUGUCUGUGCAGCAUUUCUCGCAAACAUAGACGAGCAUAAAGCAGCUGAUAUCGAAUUCCUCGGUCAAGUAUAUACUUUACCUCCAUGGUCAGUAAGUAUAUUGCCAGAUUGCAGGCACGUGGCUUUCAACACAGCAAAGGUCGGGGCUCAAACUUCGAUAAAGCUCGUGGAUUUUAAUUUGCCUUCUUCGAAGAUGAAUGUACCUCAGCCAUUAACGUUUCAGGAUGAAGUUACAUAUAUUGCAAAUGACUGGAUGACUUUGAAGGAGCCAAUUGGUUUGUGGAGUAAAAAUAACUUCACAUCCCUAAGCAUAAUGGAACAUUUGAAUGUUACGAAGGACAAAUCUGAUUAUCUGUGGUAUACCACCAGAUUAUACAUAUCAGAAGAUGAAAUAUCAUUCUGGGAGGAAAAUGAGGUCAGUCCAGAACUAUCAAUUGAUAGCAUGCGUGAUUUGGUUCGCAUUUUUAUUAAUGGGAAGCUUUCAGGCAGUGCAAAAGGGGAUUGGAUAAAGGUGGUGCACCCUAUCCAACUCGUACAAGGAUACAAUGACAUAGUAUUGCUGUCUGAAACUGUGGGCUUGCAGAAUUAUGGAGCCUUCUUAGAGAAAGACGGGGCUGGAUUUAAAGGUCGUAUAAAGCUUACUAAUAGCAAAAAUGGGGAUGUAGAUCUAACAGAAUCCUCGUGGACCUACCAGGUUGGCCUUAAAGGUGAGUUCCAGAAAUUAUAUACUAGGGAGAAGGCUGAAAGUGUGAGAUGGAUGAAGUUGACACCUGAUGCUACUCCAUCAAUUUUUUCAUGGUACAAGACAUACUUUGAUGCUCCGGUCGGAACUGAUCCUGUUGUCCUUAAUUUGGGAAGUAUGGGAAAGGGACAGGCAUGGGUUAAUGGCCACCAUAUAGGAAGAUAUUGGGAUCUGAUCUCUCCUAAAGAUGGAUGUAGACCUUGUGAUUAUCGUGGAGCAUACUCCUCUGAAAAGUGUACUACUAACUGCGGGAACCCUACUCAAAUAUGGUACCACGUACCAAGGUCAUGGUUGCAGAGAGAUCAAAAUUUACUAGUUAUGUUUGAGGAAACAGGGGGGAACCCAUAUAAAAUUACAAUUAACACAAUUUCUGCUCAAACUAUUUGUGGUCGAGUACCAGAGACCCACUACCCACCUCUUCACAUAUGGGGACAUCCAGAUUUUAUAAAUGGGAAAAUAUCAAUCAAUGAUAUGACACCCGAACUGCAUUUGCAGUGUGAAGAUGAGCAUACUAUAUCUUCUAUAGAAUUUGCGAGCUAUGGGACCCCUCAGGGAAACUGCCAGAACUUAUCCAAAGGCAACUGCCAUGCACCAAAUUCGUUAUCCGUGGUGUCCCAGGCUUGUCAGGGACGAAAUAGCUGUUCGAUUGCAGUUUCAAAUGACGUAUUUGGUGACCCAUGCCGGGGCAUCGUAAAGACUUUGUCUGUUCAAGCAAGAUGUUUGCCUUCAUCAUUUGCCAGAUCUGCCUCAAUGUAGUUGGCAAGCCCUUUUACCUCUAGUACAAACUUUAGAAGGGCUGUACAACUUACAUAUGAUGUUGGCAUAUUCAGAUAAAAAAGUGUAAGAAUAAGUUUACAUAUGAUGAAUGUACAUAGAAUUGUCAAGUUAUCGGUUAAUCGAGCAAGUCUACUUUCUUUCUGA